AUGAAUACGCAUCGCCUUAUGCUCUGGUUUCGGGUGCGUAACCUGCGCAUAUUUUCCUUCGAAAACAGCACAGAAUACUUCAAUGCUCCCGCGCUGCCUUGCUCAAUCGAAUCCCAAUUGUCAAACUCGCGAAAAUCUACGUGCGUCCGCUGCAUGAUGGCCCCGCCUCGGACCGCGUCGUCAGAGGGCGUUAUGCUGAUCCCAGCCAUCGCCAAGAACAGCACGACUGGCUACAAGAACGUGUCCUACAUCCGCGGCAAAAAGAAGUUCGAGGCGCAGGUGUUUGGAGACAGGCUCAUGAUUAUGCGGCAGCCCUAG